GCUUUGUUUUUCGGCUGUCCACGUGCUUUGCUUUUCGACGCGUUCCGGAGCCUGUCAGCCGCUUUAGAAGUCCUCCAGGUCGCUGUCAGCCAGGUUCCACUGGACAGUAUGAAAACAGUCCAAGUAUGAAUAAUAUGACUUCGCAACCACGAUCAUUUCGUCUCCGUCGUUUUCACGACGAUUCCACGUUCUUUACCUUCAAGCGCCCGAAUGAUGUCCUUCAGAAUCAUCCUCAUAUCUUUUCUUCUCCUUAUCAGCAUAGCCCAUGGCAGUCCUAUCGAACCACCCAGAGAUAGUGCCCAAAAGGUAGAGACUGUCCCAUUCACCGGGGUUAAUCCCACAGAUCCAGGCCUGGCACACGGCCCUGAUGGCCUCCGCCCCGCCUCAGCUGCAAUGGCAAUGAUCAUUGGUGCUGCCCAGUCCAAGGGGCAUGAUGCUCCCGGCACCAUACUCACACCCUACGAGCAGUCCUCACACCACCUAUCCUCACCCACCCCCAGCCUCCGCUCCUCCGGAAGUACAACUGGGAUCAGCCCCGCAACACAGUCAAAUCCCUCUGAGCGCAAUGUCCUCGUUCUCGCCAUCGUUGUUAGCACCGUCCUCGGCCUCUUGGUCUGCGUCACCGUCGGCAAGUACACUCUUGAGUACCUCCGGAAGGCGAAACGCAAGUUACGGCUGUCGCAGGAGUCUUGGGGACACAGGGAGAGGCCAUUCCCUCCUGAAGUGCCCGUGUCAGACACAGAAGUAGAGCGCCAGAGCUUGAAGACAUUCUCGUUUCCAGGCCAGCCAGCACGCAAGGACGUGCAUGACCCCAACGAAGCAUCAUCCAAGCCCACCAUGCGCACCCGGUUUAGCAACCUAAUCGCGUACACUGCGUUCAGACACCGUGAUCACGACAGCGUUACUACACAGGAUACUGCUUCCUCCACACCGUACCUUCUUAAUGUCCCGGGCCAUUCAGAUCACUCUCGCACCAGGAGCACACCCAUCAUCACUCACGAUGACUCCAUGGCUACUAUGAAACCUGCCAGGUUCACGGAAUCAGAUUGGGACAUCGCAAGGUCAUCCUAUCGCAUAUCACAAGCCAGUGGCAACAUCCCAAGCUCCUUGCUUCCUUCUAGAGGCAGUAGGUUGUCCAGACUCGAUUCGACGUGGUAGUCCUGUUGGACCAGGGGUCCCCCAAGGUCAAGAGUCGCACACCAAGAGCCUGUCAGCUCUUUCCAUAGCUUAGCCAGCAAUUAACAUAGGUUCCAGCUUGUCGAUAGCGUACAUCAUCAUCAUCAUCAUCAUCAUCACCACUUGUCAGCUUUGCUCUAGGCUUCAGCCGCCAGCCCCUGCUCCACUGUCAAUCCAUUGUAUU